CAGAGCCAUCCCCAUUUCAAGAUGAGAUGAGAUGAGAUGUCUUCCGGUUUGCGACUCCGACUAUUGGCCUUCCUCAUCCAAUCCGCUCAACAGCUUGAAAUUCGUCCGAUCGUCAAGUACUCGGCGUUAUCACUCUUCGCCGAUCGGUUCUACCCUUCUUUAUCUCGAUUCAGACAGAGCAAUGGCAUGGAAAACUGGCUUUUGCAUCCCAUAAGAGAGAGCAACCUGCAAUUGUUUGCUCUUAUUUCUAUAUGGAUAUCAAGCAAAGUGCAUGAUUCUCAUCCCCUAUCUGUGAAAAGUGUGAAGUCUUUGGGAGACAAGAUGAUUAAGGAACAGUAUUUUACCAUUCGCGACUUCUUGGAAGCAGAAGUGGUCUUAAUGCAGGUAUUGAAUUUUGAGAUUGGUACAUCCAACAUUGCUUUUAAAUUCCUCGAGGAGAUUUGCAUUCAGUUCAAGGGAGUUGCCAGGGUUGGGAAACUUGUAAAUUUUGUAGCAUGCAUGGAUAUAAUGGAUCUUCUCUACGAAAAGGAGGAGACAUCCAGCCUUUACAAUUCUCCCAGAUAUCUUGCUGCAUCAAUACUGGUGGUUUCAUAUGUUAUCACAGUUCCUAGACAGAGAUGGGAGUUUCCUCUUCUUCCAUGGGUGAAGUUUGUUACAGGAUGCAAGGAGGAUCAUAUCGUAGAAAUCGUCAGAGACAUUCUUAAGCAUGUAUUUGAGCACUCUUCUGUGGUACCGGGAGUUUGAAUAACCGAAGCCCCAGUGGUAUGCCAUCCACCCUCAUUAAAUAAAAAUUACUCUCAUUUUGAUGCGUUUCUUUUUAUAAAGGCCUCAUCAUACAAUUAAAGGUUGUGGCUAGCUGAUUCACGCAAAGGACACUUGCAAAAAAACACAAAGGAAAUAUCUGGGGGCUCUUUAAUGAUUUGUAGGCUCCACCACACGGCCGCAUGAUUCUGCCAGGAAGUAGUCUUAAGUAAAUUCUACUUCUGUGGCUGUCUGCAAGUUCCUUUACCAUACUAGCAAGUGAUCUUUAGGAGACAAACUAAAUAAUACGUGCUCCCAUGAAAUUUCCUUGAUAUUCUUAAUGA